AUGCCCAAAGCCCUUGAACUUGUAUCAUCUUCUUACGGAUGCCUGAUCGUGCAAGUCCGGUGCUUCGGAGAGAAAGGAGGGCAAGGUGAAGAUGAACUGAGGGAUAACGGCGGCGAUCAUGUCGCUGCGGGAGAAGAGUCCUGCUCAGCAAUACACGUGACGCCUGCCGACGAGUAUAGGACAACUAGCCUCACCACUUUGACCUCGAACCAACGCAUAUUGCCGGGACUGCUCAAUGUGCCAGAGACGUCGUGUGGAGCUGCUGUAGAUGGACACGAUAUGGUUUUCGUGUACUAUAUGCGGCGUCGAGUCGGCCGUGUGAUAUGUCAGUAUUCUAUUACCUUCAACAUCCCAAACUGGACCGCCAUUCCCGCUGUUAAGAUGAGUAAUUGGAGUUCUCCAGGUAUUCGCUACGUUAUUGACGAGCACGACAAGUGGCAUCGUAGUGACACUUCAGCUUCAAAUAUCGGUGGUAUCUUGCAGGCCACCUUCGCGAAGUGUGUCAUCCUGCCUGCAAAGCAAACCCUCUACCGGCGAGUCCCAAUAAUUGCCGGAUAA